GAGUUUCUCCGUCUUUCGAACCGUCUCAGUUGUCGGUGAGGCCGGCGGGGCGGAUCCCACACUAGAGUGAAAGAGAAAAUAAAGCAACACAACAAUAAUAACAACUUGGCCGUUUCGUACAUUUCGCUAGCAAGCUCCCCUGUGGAUAUAUAAAACAUCAAGAUGCCCUCAGCGAUGAAUGCAAACAGGACAGUGCAGUCUGCCAGCCCAGAUGUGGGAUCCGCUCCAGGGUCAAUGGGCAGUUUUGCACUCGGUGGACAGUCUGAAGUAUUGAAGCAAGUGCUUUGUGUCAUCGACAAGAAGGUGCGCAACAUGGAGAAGAAAAAGAGCAAAUUGGAUGAUUAUCAAGUCAGGAAGAAUAAAGGGGAGCGACUCAAUCAGGACCAGCUGGAGGCCCUCUCCAAAUACCAGGAAGUCAUGAACAACUUGGAAUUCGCCCGAGAGUUGCAGAAGACGUUCAUUGCAUUGGGACAAGAUAUCCAGAAGGUGGUGAAGAAGUCUGCGCGGCGCGAGCAGCUGCAGCGGGAGGAGGCAGAGCAGAGGAGGCUGAAGACAAUUCUGGAGUUGCAGUUCCUCCUAGACCGGCUGGGAGAAGAGACUGUGCGGCAGGACCUGAAACAGGGAGUUGGUGGUUCACCACUGCUGACAGAUGCGGAUCUCACAGCUUUUGAUGAGUUUUACAAAUUAGUGGGGCCAGACCGUGACCGAAACGUCAGGUUGGUGUUGGCCGACCAGUAUGAAGAAGCAUCUGUGCACCUCUGGGACCUGCUGGAAGGGAAGGACAAGGCUGUGGUUGGAACAACAUACAAGGCACUGAAAGAGACUUUGGACCAGGUUUUGCUGAGCGGGUAUUUUGACCAGGUUCCAUCUCACCAAAACGGAGUGUGUGAGGAGGAAGAGGAGGAAGAGGCGGCGGCGGGAGCGGCGGCGGCGGCGGCAGCAGAAGCAGCAGCAGCAGCAGCUGAAUCGUCAGAAGCAGAAGAGCAGGCUGUUGAUCCUGAAACUGAAAUAAUUGAGGAGUUCACAGAGCCCAUUGCAGUGGAAACGACAGAGUUUGUAAAUAGACAGUUCAUUCCAGACGGCACAUACAGUAGCAGUGAGAAGGAGCAGGGGGAUGAGUGGACCACGGAAACAGAGGCAGUUAGUGCCAUGCAGCAGCAGCAGCAGCAGCAGCAGCAGCAGCAGCAACAGCAGCAACAGCAGCAGCCUGUGCAGCCCGUGCAGCCUGUGCAGCCCGCGGCUCCCCCAGUUGCCCUGGAGACCCACCCCAUGAACUUAGCGUCUCCUGUGCCACCUACUGACCCCAUGGUCAGGAAGCAGGUGGUGCAGGACUUAAUGGCACAGAUGCAGGGAACGUACAACUUUAUGCAGGACUCCAUGCUGGAGUUUGAUGGACAGCCCAUUGACCCAGCUAUUGUAUCAGCGCAGCCCAUGAAACCCGCUCAGAACAUGGACUUACCACAGAUGGUGUGUCCUCCCGUUCAUCCAGAGUCCCGACUGUCGCAACCUAACACUGUUCCUGUCCAGCCUGAGCCCACACAAGUCCCCAUUGUCUCUCCAACACCGCCCCCCAUGUAUCAGACCUCACACACACCAGAUCCUCGACCCUCAUCAGAAUCUAUCGACCCCAUCCAGACAUCAAUGUCCUUGUCGUCGGAGCAGCCUCCCCCUUCUACAGCUCUCCCCCCUGCCUCUCAAACGCAGGUUUUCCAGCCUGUUUCCAAAGCUCCUCACAGCGGUGGCAUCAAUGUCAAUGCAGCACCAUUCCAGUCAAUGCAGACAGUGUUCAACCUCAAUGCCCCAGUCCCGCCAGCUAAUGAGACAGAGGCUUUGAACCAGGCCAGCCAGUACCAGAACAGCUACAACCAGGCCUUCAGCAGCCAGUCGCAGCAUCCUGUGGAGCAGGCGGACAUGCAGUCAGAACAGCUGCAGUCUGUAGUUGGUGCCUUCCAUUCCCAAGACCAGUCAGGAGGCCAUCAGCAGCCUACCCAGCAGGGCCCAGGCUUCGGCAGGCAGGCUCAGUCCUUCUACAAUAGCAGAGGCAUGUCUCGUGGUGGACCCCGCAAUGCCAGGGGCAUGAUCAAUGGCUACAGGGGCUCAUCAAAUGGAUUCCGAGGUGGCUAUGAUGGUUAUCGUCCUCCUUUCGCCAACACUCCAAACUCUGGUUAUGGACAGACUCAGUUCAACACACCUCGGGAUUACUCAAAUGGGAAUUAUCAGAGGGACGGUUACCAACAGAACUAUAAGCGUGGAGCUGGUCAGGGACCCAGAGGAGUGUCAAGAGGCAGCACUCAGGCAAUGCGAUCCUGAAAAGGCCUUUCAUAAUGACUGUGACUGAUUUAACUUGCACCACACUGAAAAUUCAAAUUUCAAGAAUGCAUUUGCCCCAGCUCAUUCAUGUUCUCUUUUGUUUGUUCUUCAUCAGUGGUAUUCUCCUGUCUCUUCAAUCAAAGUAAUGCCUGCUUUGAUAUUUGGAAAUAUUAAAUCAUAUAAAGUCUAAAACACAUGGUAAGCUGUAAAUCCAAUCAUCGAUUUACACGCGCCAUGUGUUACAAUAUUCCUGUAAACUUGAAAGAUUUCAUAAGUUAUUUUUUUGUAUAAAAAAAAUGCACCUGCCACUGCUGGUCCAAUCCUUGGGAGUUGAUCCCCUUUCUCAGUUUUUCUGUCAUUUUGGUUCUAAAAAAAAAAGCGUUUUGUGUUCAAUGAGCUCCCAUUUCCUUGUUUGUAAGUUGAUGUUGCUUCAAGAGUUUCAAUAAAGUUGUGUUGCAUACCCAUG